AUGAGGUUGACAGAGGAGGAGAAAGCUCGCCAGCCGCUUUCAUUUCUGCUCUUCCUUCUCUUUCUCUCUAGACGUCAGGCCGUCGGGUCCUAUGUCGCCCCGGCCCUCCAGAGGCUGAGGGGGGAACAGCGCGGCCAGGAGCCCUUCAGGCCGGUGCCCGCCCUGCAGUUUGUCCUCCGUGAUGAUGAUGACGCAGAAGAAGAAGGACCAAAACGGGGUCCGGGGGGCCGGCGCCCCGGGGGCUCAGGGAAGGAGGGUGUCCAAGUCAACAACCGGUUCGAGCUGAUAAACGUCGAGGAUCUUGAGGACGACCCGGUAGUGAACGGAGAGAAGUCUGAUUGUGUGUUAACAGAUGCUGCAGUGUCAGGGAACAAAGGAAGGAUUCAGCGUGGAAACCCAGAGACCAAGCGGGAAGGAAAUGUGGCCAAGACUGCACCUCCGGAGCAGUCUAAUGCAAGUGGAAAACUCCGGAAGAAGAAAAAGAAGCAGAAAAAUAAGAAAAACAGUACAGGAGAAGCCUCGGAAAGUGGGAUGGAGGAUAUCGACCGCAUCUUGGAGAGGAUUGAGGAUGGCAGUGGGCUCAGCCGCCCGGGUCCCCCACCACUGAGCUCCAGGAAGCAUGUCCUGUAUGUGGAGCACAGACACUUGAAUCCAGACACAGAACUGAAACGGUAUUUUGGUGCUCGAGCGGUCCUGGGGGAGCAAAGGCCGCGACAGAGGCAGCGUGUAUACCCCAAGUGCACGUGGCUGACGACCCCCAAGAGCACCUGGCCGCGGUACAGCAAGCCAGGUCUGUCUAUGCGGCUGUUGGAAUCGAAAAAAGGCCUUUCCUUCUUUGCGUUUGAACACAGUGAGGAGUACCAGCAGGCACAGCACAAGUUCCUGGUGGCCGUGGAGUCCAUGGAGCCAAACAACAUUGUGGUUCUGCUCCAGACAAGCCCCUACCAUGUGGACUCACUCUUGCAGCUCAGUGAUGCCUGCCGCUUUCAAGAGGAUCAGGAGAUGGCACGAGACCUCAUAGGUGAGACCCAUCACAUGGACCUUUUUGGAUGUAGGAGCUUCUACCUGGCCCUCUACAAGCAGAUGAGCUUCCUGGAGAAGCGUGGCUGCCCGCGCACCGCACUGGAGUUCUGCAAGCUCAUCCUGAGCCUUGAGCCAGACGAGGACCCGCUGUGCAUGCUGCUGCUUGUCGACCACCUGGCCUUGCGGGCCCGGAACUAUGAGUACUUGAUCCGCCUCUUCCAGGAGUGGGAGGCUCAUCGGAACCUGUCGCAGCUCCCAAAUUUUGCCUUCUCGGUUCCAUUGGCAUACUUCCUGUUGAGUCAGCAGACAGACCUCCCCCAGCAUGAGCUCAGCUCUGCCAGAGAGAAGGCCUCCCUCCUGAUCCAGCAGGCACUCACCAUGUUCCCUGGAGUCCUCAUGCCCUUGCUCGAGUACUGCAGUGUGCGGCCCGAUGCCACCGUCUCCAAUCACCGCUUCUUUGGACCAGAUGCUGAGAUAAGCCAGCCCCCUGCCCUGACCAUGCUGGUGAGUCUGUACCUCGGGAGGUCGCACUUCCUCUGGAAAGAGCCUGCCACCAUGAGCUGGCUGGAGGAAAAUGUCCGUGAGGUUCUUCAGGCAGUGGACGCUGGGGACCCCGCUGUGGAGGCUUGUGAGAACAGGCGGAAGAUGCUCUACCAGCGUGCACCCAGAAACAUCCAUCGCCAUGUGAUCCUCUCGGAGAUCAGGGAGGCUGUUGCUGCGCUUCCCCCGGAUGUGACCACACAGUCUGUGAUGGGGUUUGACCCUCUGCCUCCCCUGGACACCAUCUACUCCUACGUCAGACCAGAGAGGUUAAGUCCUGUCAGCCAUGGAAACAUGGUUGCCCUCUUCUUCCGGUCACUGUUGCCAAAUUACACUGUGGAGGGGGAGAGGCCAGAGGAAGGAGUGCCUGGGGGUCUGAACCACAACCAAGGCUUGAACCGGUUGAUGCUGGCCGUGCGAGACAUGAUGGCCAACUUCCACUUCAAUGACCUGGAGGCGCCGCGGGAGGACAACCCCGAGGGGGAGGGGGACUGGGACUGAGCCACUUAGGCUGAUGCGCCCAGCGCUGUGCAAUUAUGUUCCUGAUUCUAUUCUGGUCUGGAUUGACCAGUCCCCUGAAGUAGAAGUGCUGAAUGUAUCGGC